GCUCCCUCAUGCAUGCAGAAGGUGCACGAGAGCUGCGACUUCCCCGGGAUUUCUUCAAGUUCUAGUGUUUUUCAGGUCUAGCUUUGUGAUCAAGUAGCCGUAUUAUCUCGAGGGUUCAGCAUUCCCUGACUUUGGAACAGGUAGCGCACCUUUCGGUACAAGACACAAGCAAGGAUGAUUGCCCUGGUCCAGAUCAAGUUUGGUUCACAUUGUUUUAUGCUGCAAAACUUCAUUCAAUUCAGAGCUUGCUUCCAAAGCCCCUGCGUUCAAGCCCUUACUUCCAUAUUUGCUUGGCAGCUCUUAAAGGGUUCUUUCCACCACACUAGAGACGUCAUAGAAGUGUUCUGCCUUGCUCCCUCUCCAGCAGAGAUUCAACAUCCUUAGCAAAGAGUGCUCUUUUGUCCCCAGGAGCAAGGCUUGAUUCAUUCCUUUGCCGUGGAAACCACAUAAGUUAACGUUGCGAGCUGGUCGCACCUCAACUCUAGAACUUACACAAGCGUGGCGGCUGCAACUUGAUUUCAAUCUGGGCUCGAACUUCUGGAGGAAUCCAUCCUGAUAGCAGCCUUGCGUACCGCGGUACCUGUAUCAGUGUGUCAUUCAAAAUCCUGACGCAUUGGGCCCAUAAGCAUUCGCCCUUGGCUUCUGUAACGUUGAGUUGUCCCUCAAAUCACUUCUUCUUCCACUGGGUCAAGUGCGAAACGUAGGGGAUGGCGCCCUCAGCUCGUCCGGGGGGGCUCCUUGGAAUGUGUGGGAAGGAAUCCCUCAUGCGGGCCCUCUGUGUUUUGGUCAUCGUGGGGUGUGCUGCAGGGCAGGCAGCACCUCCAAGUGACCCAGACAAUAACAAUGGCACUCGUAUUCCCUCUACUGCCAACGGUUCUCCUUUUGUCUGGUGUGACUACGGUCUCGACAUUCUCUCCUUUGACCAAGAGAACAGCGCGGUCAUCAUCACCAUGCCUGACACCACCACUGGGGCGCGCAUCCACACUGACAAGAGAUAUGCGUAUGGCAACUUUUCGGCCAUGAUCAAGUGCCCAGCAGGCGACAUCACCGGCCUGGUGCCCAACUUCUACACGUCCAGCGUCGAGACGGCGGGGGUGAACCCAGUGCAGGACGAGAUUGACUUCGAGUUCCUGGGGAAGAACAAGACGCAGGUGCAGGUGAACUACUACGUGGCUGGCAACAGCACCGGCAACGAGAAGACCGUCGACCUGGGCUUUGACUGCUCGGACGCCUUCCACGAGUAUCGCAUCGACUGGACGCCCAUCCGGAUCAAGUGGUUCAUCGACGGCCGUCUGGUGCGCACUGUGUACAACCUGACCGGGCAGCCCUACCCCACGCUACCGGGCUUCCUGUACUCGUCAAUCUGGGAUGCUUCUCAGAUCUCGAACGGAGCGUGGGCUGGCGCCCCCAGCAGCAACGCGGAUGCGCCCUUCAGCUUCCAGCUCGAGCGCAUCUCCGCAGUCGAGCUGGCUGACCUGUCCUUCAACGACAACGUCACCGCCGCAGCCCCCGCCCCCGCCCCCGCCCCCGCCGAAGCCCCGCUGCCUGCCCCGCCCACGUCCACCGCCGCACUGCCCGUCCCUGUAAGCACGACCGCGUCGGUGCUGUCCCCGCCAGCUCCCGCGUCGCCCAACACGUGGGUGUACCCCGCGGCGCCGCGCGUGUCGCGCACCACGUUCGUGGUGGUCGUGUCGGCCGUCGCCGCCUCAUUGGCGCUGCUGUUGGGCGCCUUCGUGUUUGCGGUCAUCCAGCGGAAACGCGCGUUUGCGGCGCCGCCCGACGAGGCGGCGGCAUGGAAGACGGACGCAGAGGCGGCGCGCGGGGGCGGGCUGCUGGCGGAGCCGGAGGGGGCGCCCGCACUGGCCGGCGCGGCAACGUGGCUGCACCGCCUGAGCCUGCGGCGCGAGACGACGGCGUUCAGCCGGAUCCCGCCUCCCAAAAGCUAGGGAUGCGGCAUUGGAGCAAGGGUUGCAACCAUCGGGACGGCUUAUAUGGGUGGUACGUUCAGCUUCAUAUACCACAUGUCAAACAAACCGCCUGUUGACAAAUUUGAACUACAUACUUCCAUUGUUUUUUUGGCCGUCAGUAACUUGGUGGUGCCCAGUCUUGAUCGAAAGCGGGCAAAUGGGGCGCUCAUCGGAUCCGACUGAAGAGGGCUUCCCGUCAGGGAAGUCGUGAUUGGGUUGGUGCCAGCCGCUGAAGAGACGACCAGGGCGGUCAGCAGGAUUCUGACACGGUUGAUUAUGGCUGAGCAUUAUGCACUUAUAAGACGACUAUAUACUCCUAUCACUUAGGGUAACUUAGGGUCGGCUCCUUCAUGCGGAUCGAGCUGUGUAAAGCCAGAAGGAACGGUCCAAGAACAUGGCCGGUCGAUCAGCAGAUUACUGCUAAAGACCGUUUGAUUAUUGAUUCUCUGCAUUAUAGGAUUGUAGACACAUACGUAUUGUAGCUGUCACUGAACUGAUCACAAAUCUCUAGCUUAAUGAUCGAUGCAGUGUAAAAGCGACGUAUUACUGAAUUGAAGCACUGCAAGGGCCACGCCAGAUUGAUGGCCGGGCAUGCGAAUCAGUACAUGCAUACGCCUCUUCAGCAGCUGGCACCACAUGAAUAUAGGCGGAU